CACACCCAUGUUCCGUUUCUCUGCCCCGCUCCUCCCACCAUUCCUCCCGCCGCUAGUCCGGGCGCUUGCUGUCGCGCCGCGGUCGGCCUUUCUCAUCCGCGACCUGCACGACGUCGUCGAGCUAGGCAACAUCGACUACGCCGGCGACGGCAUGCUCGAGUCGCACGGCUUUAUCACUCCCAAUGGCGACGGCCUCGGCUUUGGACUGGAGGAGACUGUCCUCGAGCCGGGUGCAUCCAUCUUUGUCGAGCACGACACCCAUCGCCGCUGCCUCUGGAUCGCAAAUGGCGAGGGCGAGCUCGAGUUGGUCCCCAACAGGGACGCCCGUGGCGCAGGCAUCCAGUACGCGCUCAAGCCCGGUGUCUGUUGCGUCCUCAACGUCAACGAGCCGCACUUUGUCUCUGUCGCCGCAGAUGCCGACGCUCCGCUCGCUCUCGUCUCGUUCUGGGUCGAUGCUGCCCGCAACCCGGGCACCGCCGAUCGCUGUGACUCGGACGAUGAGGAGCUGGCACGGCUCAAGGCCCGCGUCGCCGAUCUCGAGGCCGAGCUUGGCCGGCGCCGCGGCAUCCCGCCGGACGCCAGCUCAUAGCCGCACUCCUCUCUAUCUUUCUCUCUUUACUUGCCGCCGCAUUCUGUCGGCAGAGCAAACGCUGCCGGGUCGUACGCUACGACAUGCAUGUCCGCCACCUGGAGCUGGCCCGGCAGCUUGAGUGAGGCCAGCGAUCCCGUGACCGUCACCGGCGCACAUGGCGGCGAUGCGAGUACAUGCCAGAGCGAGCUCUGUGGCACAUACUCCCAAACGAGCGAGCCCUGUGGCUGCGGAUGCUUGUCGGCGAUCCUCCAGUCCGGGUUGGACGCGUCGAAACAGAGGCUCACAAAGCUACGCGAGGUGGCCACAUUGUGCUCGGCGGUGCACGUUCCGUGCUUCACAUCAAAGUAAAAGUUGGAAUACCUUG